GGGGGGGGGGUUGAGUGCGCCUCUGCGCGGCACACUACGGCCGCUCCACGUCCUCGCAGAAACAAUGGAAGAAGCGUCGCGCGCAUCCUCAUCACUACUCGCACGACCACCACCAUCAGCAGCAGCAACAUCAUCAGCAGCAGCAACAACAGCAGCAGCAACAACAACAGCAGCAACAUCAGCAGCAGCAACAACAUCAGCAGCAGCAGCGGGUCUGGAGAGCCAUCGGACAUCUCCGAUUCGUCUCGCGGAGCACAACGAGGAGGGAGGAGGAGGAUGAAAGCCAAGACGACGAUGGUGGUGGUGGUGGUGGCGGUGGUGCUGCUACUGAUGGCGAUGAUGGCAUUGCCCGAUGAGUAGCAAGCGACCUGGAGCUCUCUCCGUCUCUCCGCAAAAACAAACGAAUUUAACUCAAGAGCAGAAUAUUCUACGCUGCAAUUGACAUCUGCCUCAUUUGUCGUGAUUUAAAAAAAUAUAUAUUUAAAAAGUCUAGAUUCGCGUGUUUAGUUCGUUCCCUUACCCCCACCCCGCCGCACCUCCGAUUAGCACGGUUGGCAUCGUACGGUGCGAACGAAGUUCAACGUACCACCCCCCCCCCCCCCCCCACACUGCACGCGGAGUCGAGGGGGGCCAUGGUGGAUAUGGGCAGGAGGUGGUGCUUCGCGGUGCUGGGCACCGUGAUAAUGAUGGCAUCGUUUCUGCUGAUGCUCGAACAACAGAGCGCGCUUAGCGCAUCGGAGAUGAGACCCCUCGUGAUCACCACCUCGUCGGCAUCAGCAUCCUCGGCGGCAGCAGCGACAGGGAAAUCAAACGUGGACCUGACAUCGAGAGAACUUUUGCGCCGAUGGCAAGGCAGGUCGAGAAGUGGCAGCAGCAGCAAUCAAAACGGAAUCAGUAGUCAACAAAACAACAGCAGAAGCAGUAUCAGCAAGGUCCCGAAUAGUCUCACGAAAUUCUUCAGCACCGUGAGCGGUGGUGGAGGAGGUUCAAGGCAUCUCAAGGCAGGGCUUGGACAACGCGAGGCUGCAAUGAUGCAGCAGCAGCAGCUGCUGCUGCAGGGACACCAACAACAACAACAUCAGCAGCACGGAUCGCUUGCAGGAGCUGCGUCGGACGACCUCCGGGACUACUCGCCCCUCGAGCAGCGAGAUGGAGGAGGCGCAGGUGGAUGGACGAUGGGAGACGGUGGCGAUGGUGGCGGUGGUGGUGGACACCACGAGGACACGCGGCCUCGGCGUGACCUGAAGUCCUCGGAUAUCUUCGUAGCGGUGAAGACGACGGGGAAGUUCCACGCCAGCCGGAUGAGGCUGCUGCUACGCACCUGGGUGUCUCGCGCGAGGGAACAGACAUACAUAUUUACAGACACGGAUGACGAGGAGAUCCGCAAGGUCGCCGGCUCCCACAUGGUGAACACAAACUGCUCGGCGGCGCACAAUCGGCAAGCGCUGUCGUGCAAGAUGUCGGUAGAGUACGAGACCUUCGUGAAGUCCGGCAAGAAGUGGUUCUGCCACGUGGACGAUGACAACUACGUGAACGUGGAGGCGCUCAGGGCGGCACUCUCCUCCUUCUCGCACACACACGACUUCUACGUGGGGCGGCCAUCGCUGGAUCGGCCCAUCGAGGCCACCGAGCGCCUCUCCCCCCACGUCUCGCACACGGUCACGUUCUGGUUUGCCACGGGAGGUGCCGGGUUCUGCUUGAGCCGCGGUCUCGCGCUGAAGAUGACUCCGUGGGCCAGUGCCGGCGUGUUCAUGAGCACGGCGGAGCGGAUCCGUCUGCCGGACGACUGCACCGUGGGCUACAUCGCCGAGGCCAUGCUGGGGGUGCCGCUCACCUUCAGCCCCCUCUUCCACUCGCACCUCGAGAACCUGCAACAGAUCCCUCACGCUCAGCUCCCUCAUCAGGCGACGCUGAGCUAUGGGACGUUUGAGAACAAGCGCAACGUCAUCAACAUCAACAGCGGAGCGUUCGGCAGUGAGCAAGACCCAACGAGGUUCCUGUCCCUCCACUGCCUGCUCCACCCCGACACGGACUGGUGCCCCCAGAGCUCAUGACGUCCGCCGCCUUUGACCCAUGACCUACGACCCCCCUCAAUGCUCAAAACUCUUGACCCCAUCCUACCCCCCCCCCUCUCCCCAUUGGUGGAUGAGAGUGAGCGGGGUGAGGUGACUGUUUUCUGGGAUGAGGACCAAAAUCCGGGCUCGUCGGGAGCACCCCGCAUCACGACUCCCGUUGAGCGGCAACGAAGACGAAGCCUUUUGCGAAGCGAAACCCCGAAUCAAAUUCUUGCACUCGAAAGGCGAGGAUGGUGCGACGGGGAUGCUCGGCGCCCGCGUGCGUGUCCACUGCGGCGUUACAUCUCGAACGUCUGUACAGAAAAAAUGACGACGACGACAUUCGAGCCCUUUUGAAGGCAGCCGUUGCAGUAUUUGUUCCCGAAUGUUCUCUUGUUUUGCGUUUAAUUUUACAAUUGAUUGAUUAGUAUUAUGUUUUGCUCGAAAGCGCUCGCCGUGUUCACGGUGACGUUGAGGGGGACCAACGAAGGGGAGACGUUCUCCGCGCAAGCCUCACGCCGAAGCUCUUUUGCGUGAAAUAUUAACGGCGACGGCUAUGAUAGCGGUGGCGAUGGCGGUUACAGCACAAUGUUGCACAUCCGACCAUCGCACGUCCGCCAUGACCCAGUCAACCGCCCGUGCCGCCCGCCGCAGCGUUGCCGUGCCGGGGUGGCUGCCGCUUUCCGCUCUGUGACCUUCGCAGGUUGGGAUUGCUACGUAUGAUCCGAAAGAAGUCCAAUGUACACACACACACACUCGUGCAGGCUCGAGCGCCUUCGCUCUCUUUUAUCCAGUCGCAACGGUCGCAACGGUCGGUUUCAAUAGAUCGGUUUAACGCGCGGGAGGCUUUUGCGACCAAUAUUAUCCAUAAUGGAGUUUUUGGCUUAGAGUAAAAUUGUAAACGUUGUGGGUUUACUGUCCAACACACCGGUGUGCUGUACUAGUGAUGAAUUGGCACGUUUUGUUUACGUGACAAAUGUUACUAAUUGGCCUGGCGGUCGCGGUUGUGGUGGUGGUAGUGGAUAUUCACGUGGCCUGGCGAUGGCAGUGGUGGUGGCUAUUCACGUGGCCUGGCGGCGGUGGUGGUGGUGGUGGCUAUCUUACUAAUUGGCUGAGUGGGGUGGCGGCCGGUUGAACGGCACCCUUUACAUUCACGCGAUCGAACCCCAAACAAAAAAAAACUCGGUUUCAAUGGAUGUUCACACAUUGGACCUUUCCGCACGUUACGCCCGGCCAGACGGAUACGCGGCAGCUGCUUUACCGUUAAUCCGCUGUCGUGUUUCUGACUCGGUGGGGGGUGAAAUAUCGACAGCCUGCGUGCGGUGCGUUACCCCGGUCGACUGCAGCCGUCUUAGCCGCAACUAGUCGGGUACUAGAGGGCAGUAUUUCCUACCCGCUAACAAGCUGGGGUUGUUAAAAUGUAUUUUUGUUGUUUGCUUAACCUAGCAACCGUGUGAUAGAAAAAAAAAACGGGUACCAGUUUGCCACGAGUUAUAACAAUUAGAAUCUUAAUGUUUAGCGUGUGACGUCAUCGUUCACGCAAACCGCUUCUCUCGCAGCCGCCGAGGAACCAGAGACGCGAGCUGGAAGUCCGCAGCAGCAGCAGCGGACUGCCCAAGUUCUGCGCUCCUCUACAUAUACAUCAAGGUGUUUUCAACCAAUGAAUGAGCAUCUAUUACAAUGCGGGAGGAAACCGGAGCGGCCCAAGAAAUGCCACGCUGGCGUGCAAGGGGGCGGCCCAUUCCGUCCCAUUCAGACGAGGCGGAUGGAAAUUAGUCCGAACAUUUGCCGUGCAUUCGCCUUCUGGCGAUCCAGGGUAGGGCCACCUUCUCGACGCCCGCAGGUGGAAGGGAGUCUCGCAGCAUCCGCGUGUGAUCCACCAACCGUCGCUUGCUGCCUCCCCACACGCACUGCUGGUUGGCAGGCAGGCAGCCACGUGCAAAGCCGCCACCACAACCACACCCGUGUGAUAUAAAUGGCUCGAAAGUCAGGACAUGUAGGGUUAUUUAUUUUAUUUUAAAACUUUAUUUUUUAAAUUAAUAUUUUGAACUAAAAUCGGUAUUUAUAUCUACGUGUAUUCUUCCUUUUCAGGUGACAUUAAACAUGUUCGAUAAUUGAUGAAAAUUUGAGUUCAAUUCGUUUUUAUGUCUGCUGAAGUAGGCAGCUGCGAUCUUAAACAAAAACAAGUCCUAAAUUAAUUUCUAAAAUAAUAAUUAUUCCAUGAAUGUUAAUAGUGGAAUGCAGUUUGAACGCGUGUUAAACUAAAUAAAAUAACUCCGUGUGGUUUGGUAAAAUAGAUGUAAUACCGCUGCGUGUCCUGACUUCUUGGCCACCCUGCAGAGAACAAGAGACCGUGAGACUUUUUGACCGUCUCAACUGAAACACGGAGGGAGCUGCCACCGUCGUGCAGCAAGGAGCGGUCAGCAGCACGCUGGGCUUGUGAUCCAAAGUUCACCGCUGCGAUUCAGUUUCCCCGCGCGGCAGUUGAAACGGGGGGGGGGGGGGCAAAGUUUAUCAAGUCCGUUCCGAAUGUUGCAUUGAUAUCGGUCACCAGUUAUGGCACGUGGCCUGGUGGUGGCGGUGGUGGUGGCGGUGGCGGUGGCUAUUCACGUGGCCUGGC